CGUGAACCCAUGCCAGUUUAAGGAUUAAAUGCCUUGACAGCGAACAAAAUUUUGUAGAAAUAAGCGGACUCUGGAAGAGAGAGAUCAACUGGUAUCGUGGUGAGUAAGAUUUUAAUAAGACUAACAUAAUUUAACCAUCUAACCUGCUUUUACACAGUUGAAAAAAAAAAUUGGGAGAGCCAAUCAACAUUAUUAAAAGUGAAUUUGUUUUCGAAAUUUGCUUACUCUCUUGGUGGAGAGGAUUCUUUUUCCCUUUCGUUUCCCCAAAAGAUUGAAUGAUUUGAUUGAUGUCCGCUCAAUGAAAGGGCAAAAUGCAUUAUUUUUUCAAAAUUUUAAACAAACCACGAUUAUGUAACAAAUCAUUUGGUCUGUAAGGCUUAAUCAAUCGUGACUUUUAUUACCUGGUCUUUUUCUGAUCCAACUUUGAUCUUCUAGAAUAGCCAGAAAUGAUAGUUUAAAACUCAGGCAUUUCCACAACUUGCGAUAACUUAUCCAACUUACGAAAGCAAGGAAGUGGAUCUUUGUAAUCUUUUGACCUGGUUAUAAUUCCAUGGUUAUAAUCCCGGACGAUAUAACCUCACAACGCUAUCGAAGAUUUGUCUUCCCUUCUAAAAUAUUUUGUUGUUUUUUUAUUUCCUUGUUUGUUUCUUUGUUUGCUGGUAAGAGGAUUUUUUCACAGAGCGGAGAUGAAAUCUUUCAGUGCUUUGAUAUUUCUUGCUUUGGGUUUUGUGGCGACAGCAGGUUAGUACAACUUACACUUGAUGGAUAAAUGAGACAAAAGAGAAAUCAUGAAAAUGAAUUAAAAUUACGGCAUUUUUUGUCUCUCCCAGCAUCUUUUGAGAGUUACUUUACUGAGACCUUUAAGAAAGAAGGCAACGGCUGUUUAAAUAACCUGAAGACAGCCUUCAUGGCCAUGACAUCCUUCAUGGUCUUCACGAGAUUUUGUAUGGGGAUUAUCUCGUCAAAAAAACCAAACCUCUCAUAGCAAAUUAAAAUGGUGCAAGAGUUUCGUAAGAGGUAACUAGGUUUUGUGACUUGUUUAGGAUUAUAAAACUUGUCUGAAGAAUCGCCCAUUUUUCUGAAAAGGCUUUCACGUCCUAAAUAACCCCCAUUAAAAAUCAGACGCAUCUCGACCUAAUUUUUCUAAAAUUGAUGACAUUUUGAUCUCAAGCGAUAAAGCCAGGGUGUCCUACCGAUUCAAUCUCCAAAGGAAGUAUAGCCGUAAAAUCCUGUUGAAUAAACAAUAGGUUCGCGUUUUACGUCAAAUUGACAGGUGUCAAUUAUGUUUUUAGAUUACAGGGAGGCAGCCUUAAGACAACACAACCGCCUGCGUGCGAUUCAUGACGCCGAGCGCAUGAUCCUCGACGAGGGGAUGAAUGCGGCUGCUGAUCGAUAUGCCCGCAAUCUGUUCCAGAGGUUCGGUGGAACCACCGAAUUGAAACACUCCCCCAAGAGUUCCCGCCAGGGCCAGGGAGAAAAUUUGGCAUCAGGAUGUACAACUCAAACAGGGGUGGAUGGAAGGACUGUCGAAGAUGCAAUUAAGGCUUGGUAAGUGUAACAGCAGUAAACCAGUUUCCAACCGUUAUAAAAUGAUUAAAGGCCAAAGGCAGAGCUAAUGGGAGGGGUAAGUCCAAGGGUGCCACUCGCAUUUAAUGAGAAAAGAGACUUUGCACAUAAGGUGUAUUUGGGAAUCAAUGCUUGAGCUCGUGACUUCUUUUAAAAAUUCAUCCACAAUAUUUUGUGUUCACCAACAGUGAAUUUGGCAGAUGUAUGGAGAUAUUCUCAGUUUUAUUUCUCUGAGUGAGUUCAUAUGCGUCUGUUCGUUUGAUUUGUUUCAUAGGUACGAUGAAGUAUGUCGAUAUAAUUUUAACAUUCAUCGUUCUCAAUCUGGCCUUGGUCACUUUUCCCAGUUGGUUUGGAAAGACUCAGCAGAGCUCGGAAUAGGAAAAUAUACAGGCAGGCGGAAUGGCUGGACCUGCACAUAUAUCGUGGCUCGUUACCGAAGAGGUGGAAAUGUGAACACUCCAGGUGGAAAAUUUUUCCGCGAAAAUGUUUCAAAGGGAUCCUUCAGGCGGUCCUAUUGCAAUAACGUGUCAGAUAAAUCUGAGGGAGAAGACUUAUUCGUCGAUGCUCCUGCAGCUGAUGACGAUGAUGAGGCGUCUAAUUGAUUCCACCGUAUCUUUUGAGGACAGUUUUGAAAUUCUUCAGUCGUUUUGUGGUAUUUGUUAGAGCAUGUAACAAAACAAACAAGGAG